GCGGAGGGCGUGGCCGGCCUGUGAAAUGUCAGGGAGGAAUGGCGCUCGGCGCGGUAUUUUGAACAAUCGCUUUUUCCUUUCCUCGUUUUAUCUGGAAACGCUGGCCAGCCUAAAAACCUCGGGAUUUACAGAGAGCUGAGACUUUGCAAGCAUGGAUGUGGUGUCACCAGAGCUUAACAGCCUCCUUCCUGAUGAGAUCAUGGACACUGAGGCCAUAGAGGACGUCCCUCAGUCCCAACCUGAAAGCACCACGUCCCAGUCAGAACCCAGCGACGACACAUCGGUCCCAAUGGAAACGGAUACGCCCAUGGCUUCGGAAAAUUUGGGCCUUUGCUCAGAUGCAACUUCAACAGAACAUACUCAGGCUCUGACCACGUCCACGGCUACAGACUCCCCACUCAGCAUCAGCCCUGGAAGUCGGCUUCCUAUCUCAGUUUCCAGUACAUCCUCGCCCAUUCUCACCCUCAAACCAGCCUUGGCUACUUCCACAGCCACAACUAAAACUACAGAUAGCGUAACUGGGACUAGUGUCACUACGAGUGGGUUACAGAAGCUCACGGCUCCGUUCACCAUCUCUGCUGCAAACCACCAGAUUAUUCUCAACAAGGUGGCCUCAUCUCAAGCCACAGAGGCAGCAAAGUCUGCAGGUACUACACCCCAGGUCAUCAAGCAGGAAGGACAAAAACUUUUGCUCACAACAAUAGGAAAGUCGGGGCAGCCUAUAGUGCUUCAGUUACCCCACACAGGCAACAAGCCUGGCAUCUCACAGACUGCAGGAGACGCCAAGUCUCCGGCUCCACAGUUUAAAGUGGUGACUAUCGGUGGGAGGCCGGAACUGAAGCCAGUGGUGGGGAGUGUUGGGAACCAGGUGACCACGUUACAGGCCCAGCAGCUGAAGACUGUACAGAUUGCCAAGAAAACACCAGCAUCUUCAGCUGCACCUAUCAAGUUUAUCAUCACAAAAACAGUUAACAGCAAAAGUCUAAGUCCGCAGACAUCAGUACCUCCUGUGAUUGCAGGGCGGGUCCUGACUCAGACUUCACCGGUGAUUCCUCCGAGGACCAUAAACCUCUCUGAGCCACACAACACUAGUAUACAAAGCCUUCCUGGCAAAAAGAUUGCUAUUUCACCCCUCAAGACUCCCAGCAAGGUGACUGUGGUGUCCGUGGCCUCCCCGACCUCCAACGCCGCUCAGAAAUCAGUAGCGCUGCCCGUCAAUGUAGCACUUGGUCAGCAGAUCCUCACAGUCCAGCAGUCCACAUCUGCAUCUCCAGUCAAAGUGGCCACCAGUCAAAGUGCAGCACAGAAUAUUAAACCUGUGCAGUCCGUGGCUGUGGGAGGAGUGGGCGGUUCCCAGUUUAAGACCAUCAUCCCGUUGGCCACCCAGCCGAAUGUGCAGCAGAUUCAGGUGCCAGGAAGCAGAUUCCACUAUGUUCGUCUUGUCACAGCAACCACAGCGAGCAGCACAGGACAGCCCAGCGGUCCCAGCACCAGCUCCAUACAGACAGCUAAACCCAUGGUGGUCAGUACAGGAGCAGUCAGGAUGUCUGUCCCAAUCGUCCCACCACAGACCAUGAAGCAGGUGGCUCCUAAGCCCUUGACAUCAGCAGCACAAGUAGUAACCACCACUCAGACCCAGCAACGCCUCAUCAUGCCUGCAACUCCACUGCCCCAAAUCCAGCCGAACUUCACCAACCUCCCUCCGGGCACCGUCCUGGCACCAGCUCCUGGAGGCGGGAACGUGGGCUAUGCAGUUGUGCCAGCACAAUAUGUCACACAGCUCCAGCAGUCACCAUUUGUGACGCUCGCCAGCAGCUCCGGUUUCCCUGCGUCCGCUGGCAUCCAGACUCAGGCCAGAUUGCCUCUUAAUGGCUUGUCAGCAGCAGAGACAACCUCAAGACCUAGAAAACCAUGCAACUGCACCAAGUCACAGUGUCUCAAACUAUACUGUGACUGCUUUGCGAAUGGAGAGUUCUGUAAUAACUGUAACUGCAAUAACUGCUUCAAUAACCUGGAACACGAAACGGAACGUCUCAAAGCCAUAAAGACGUGUCUGGACCGAAAUCCAGAGGCCUUCAAACCUAAGAUUGGUAAAGGCAAAGAGGGAGAGUCGGACCGUCGACACAGCAAAGGCUGCAACUGCAAACGAUCAGGCUGCUUAAAGAACUACUGCGAGUGCUACGAGGCGAAGAUCAUGUGCUCAUCCAUUUGUAAGUGCAUUGGCUGCAAAAACUUCGAGGAGAGUCCGGAGAGGAAGACGCUGAUGCAUCUGGCCGAUGCAGCAGAAGUGAGAGUACAGCAGCAGACUGCAGCCAAAACCAAACUGUCCUCACAGAUCUCAGAUCUGCUCAUGAGGACGGCGCCUGUUAUUUCAAGUGGAGGCGGGAGGCUGCCGUAUACGUUUGUAACAAAGGAGGUUUUGGAAGCGACGUGCGAGUGUUUGCUGGAACAGGCCAAAAAGGCAGAACAGACUCACCAGCCUCAGGCAGAGGCAGAGAGGAUGAUCUUGGAGGAGUUCGGACAUUGUCUCAUGAGGAUAAUCAGCUCGGCGGGGAAAGCCAAAGCAGACUGUGCCUCUAUCAACUGCUAGGCCGAGCUCUCCCGGCGCUCCCUCCAACCCUCCCCCGGCUGUGGGGGCUGAGACACACAACUUCUUUGCACUCUGUCUCGGACCCCUGGGGCUCCUGUCCUGCAUGGAAACAGGUCGUCUCCGUCAUCAGAAGGCAGAACAGUAACCUCGAGACAGACAGAUUCCCCCCGCCUUAGGCAAGCAGGAAUAAUAAACAUGGAACAGAUCGCACUGUUCACCUCACUGAAGGACAAAUGGGCAGAGCUGCCUUUCAAGUUGUCAUCACGGUCGUCCACCUGGUUGUGAUGGGCAGAAAGCAGACUGACAUAGUGCUAGACAUGAAUUUAAGCGUUCUUUCACAUCCCUUCAAGCCCCUAUCAAAGCUGUUUGUUCUUCCAUUUUCCUGUUUUCCUGUUAUUCUUUCUCAUUUUGAGGUUUUCAAAAAAAAAAUCGUCUGUAAUUUUUAAGUAAUCAGUAUAUUUGUGCUUACGGUAGACAAACAGGACAUGUAUCUUUUAUAUUUAUUUUUAUUGUUAAUCAUUGUGAGCGCUAAUAUUGUGUGGCUUAUAGUGCUGCAACCUGUUAAUUAACCAAGGCUAGACUAAAUUGUUUCAAUGAAAAUAAGUAGAGGCAAUCUUUGCUUUAAUCCUAAAUGCAAGUGUAAAAUGAAUGCAGUCACACGCACACACACACGUCUAAAAAUACACAGCACUGCUCAGAAGGGUUGAAACAUGGCUAUACCGACUGAGGUGCACAAUUCUCCUGGGGCUGUCUCAUGUUUUAUUAGUCACAUGCUUACUGUACAUUAAAAACACCAUGAAGUUAAAAAUAGUGACUUAUUAAAAGAUGUUCUGGAUAAUUGCUCCUAAUUAGAGGUGAGCAGGCGGGACAACACGCACUCACAAUGCAAAAAUGCUCAGGAACUGCUUGACAAACAACCAACAGACCAAGAUGUUGCCUCCAAACUCGGAUCCAAUCUGAUCAAGUAUCCACAGGAUGCGCUGGAACACGUUUAAAGAUUCUUUGCCCACGUCCCAAUGUCAGACACCACAGGAUACCUUCAGAGGUUUAGGUUUCUGUUCCUGAGUAGGACCGACACAGUAUUGUGCAGGUGGUUUUAAUGUUGGUUGCAGAUCGAUGUAGAAUGCCUAUAAAAAGUAUUCAUCUCCCUUGGAUGUUUCACCCUUUUUGUUGUGUUUAUGCAUGAAAUCAUGGUUAAUAUAAUUUGCCUUUUUUCAACAAGAAUAUAAAAAAGACUAACCCUUUAAUAUCAAAGUGAAAACAGAUUUUUACAAAAUCGUGUCAGUUAAUUACAAAUAUAUAAGGUAAAGUAAAUGAUUGCAUUAAUAUUCACCCCCUUCAGGUCAGUAUUUAGUAGAUGCACCUUUACCCUAUCUCAAUCAGCCUGAACAUCUGGACACUGCUAUUCUCCAUUCUUCUUUGCAAAACCGCUCAAGCUCUGCCAGGUUGCUCGGGGAUCAGGAGUGAGCAGCUCUUUUUAAGCCCAGCCACAAAUUCUCGACUGGAUUAAGAUCUGUUCUUUGACUUGGCCGCUCUAAAACAUUCACCUCGUUGUCUUUGAACCGUUUCUGUGCAGUUUUGGCUGUGUGCUUAGGCUCGUUGUCUUGCUGGAAAAUGGUCUGUAUUUAUAUAGCGCUUUACUAUACCUGCAAGGUACCCAAAGCGCUUUACAGAAUAUGUCACAUUUACCCAUUCACACACACACACUGAUGGCAGAAGCUGCCAUGCAAGGCGCUAACCACGACCCCAUCAGGAGCAAUUAGGGGUUAGGUGUCUUGCUCAGGGACACCUCGACAUGAACACAACGGGCCGAGGAUCGAACCGGCAACCCUCCGGUUACAAGACGGCCACUCUACCCACUGAGCCAUGCCGCCCCAAUCGUAAAGUGUCCCCACAUUAUGAUGCUGCCACCACCAUGCUUCACGGUGGAGAUGGUGCGUUUGCUGUGAUGUGCAGUGUUUGGUGUUCGCCAAAAAUAGCAUCUAGUCUGAUGGACAAAAGGCUCAAUUUUUGUCUCCUCAGAUGAAAGAACCUUCUUCCAGUUGACCUUGGAGUCUCCCACAUGCUGUUGGGCGAAGUGGUGGGAUUUCAUGAGCUUUUUUUUCCAACAGUGGCUUUUUCUUUGCCACUCUUCCAUACAGCUUUGACUGGGCAAUAGUUUUCUAACACAAAGUCACUCCGAUUUGAGACACUGAAGCUUCUAUCUCCUUCAGAGUGGUCGUGGGUGUCUUGGUGGACGACGACUCUUCUGGUCCAGUCAUUCAGUUUGUGAGGUUCUAGGCAGAUUUAAACAGCCUUACUCCUUUCAUUGCUUAGUGAUGGACUUAUCUGAACUCCGUGGGAUUUCCAGUGAGUUGGAAAUCUUUUUGUAGCCAUCUCUUGACUCAUGCUUUUCAAUUAUCCUUUUCUUCAUGUUGCAAUUGUAGCAGGAAAACCGAUGAAGCAGAGACUAGACAUUUCAGAUUCAGGUGUUUUUAUCGUACAAUCACUGAGACACAUCAACUGCUUUGUGACAAUAGGCCAGUCACUUUAAAGGGGUGAAUAGUUAUGCAGUCAUUUACUUUACCUUAUAUAUUUUUAAUCACUUGACAUAAUUUUGUAAAAAUCUGUUUUCACUUUGAUUUAAAGAAGUUUUUAUUGCAAAUUCUUGUCAAAAAAACCAGGUCAUAUUGACAAUGAUUUCAUGUAUAAAAGCAACAAAAAGGUGAAACAUCCAAGUGAGGUGAAUACUUUUUAUAGGCAGUGUAUGUUAGCGCAAAGCAGAGCUCCUUCAGCAGUUUAUUCAGCUCACUUUAGCUCCUCUACUGCUUCUCAAAUGUGUCCAGUUCCACUUCCUUUUCAAUGAAAACCAUUGUUUGUUCACCACCGUUCUAGCAUGGUGUCUCAGUUUUGUUUUCAUGUUAUUACUUAUGAUUCCAAACAAUAUUAUCUAAUGCAGAUGGAUUCAAUGAGUCAUUUUUAACAUGAAAUAAAACUAUUUAAUCAUGAAUCAAUUGGAAAUCAAAUUUAAACUUAAUUUUAUAUUAGGUUUAAACUUAACUUUUAAAAUCAAUCAAAUGCAGUUCAAUUGCUGUACAAGUAACUGACAAAACAGGAUGCUGGAAAUAGAUUAAGGGACUAAUAAACACUAAAACAGCUGAAUAAUAUAAAAUGUUUGACAGGUAGUUAACACGAUUAAAAAAUACACAUAUGAAAAACAUAAAUUAUCAAGUAGAACUAUACAAAUUUAUGGUAAAUAUAGAAUAUACAUUUAAAUGUGAAAACCAUGAAAUGCUUAAACACUGUAUGAAAGCCAUAUUGAAUAGAUGGGUUUAUAUCAAACAUCAGAAAUGAUUUUCUUUUUUGUGUAUUCAAACAUACUAACGACCAAACUUCAUGUCUUUAAUGCUCUUCUACAUUUUGAGUAUGAUUUUUUGAUCAUAUGAGAGACUAAAUUUCUUAUCUAUAAGUUUUUACUUUACUUUAGCAUGCUGUUGACAAGCAUUAUCACUGGCGGUGUGACUGGUACUUUUAAAAUGCACAGUGGUCUAAAAUGAAACCCAUAAAAGAAAGGACAUUUUACCAAAAGGACUCCUGCUAAAGUGAAACCUUUAUCCGAAGUGCUUCACUUUGGGUUCUCUAGAGGUAUUUAUAACUUACUGCUUGAUUGAUAGUCUAAUGCUAUUUUAUGCUGAGAGUCCUAACACAACGUGAGAAUCUUGAAGCACAUUUUAAAACAAAAAUGAUCAAAACUGAUGAAGCAAAACCAGACUUAUCUUUUUUAUUCAAGAUGUUGUUGUCAUAAGCUGGUGCCUACAUUACCUACAAUACAAUUCCGUAGCUGCCCGCUUCGUCGCAGAUUCAGGUGCAUUUUAUGUGCUGUAGAGACCAAAGAAACUACAGUCUCAAUCCAUACAGUCUAUGUAUCAAUCACGGAUGUUUCCAAAAUAUGCAGCAGCACUCACUAAUACCCGAAGCAUUUUAGAUGUGUAAAAUCGGUGGCAUUGCCCUUUAAAAGAGGGGCGUCAAUGCGCAUGCUCAGUCUCUUAGAUACAUCCGACGCAGCAGGUGGCGCUAACGCAUGGACAGAACAGGGCGAAGAAGUCAGCAGAAAGCUGGCACAUGUGGAUCAGUUAGAAGCUGGAGGAUCUCAUGAAUAUUUCUUGAGAUCAGCUGCAAAAAAGAAGUUCCAGCUAAAUAAGCCACGUGGACCUGACACGAUCAUACUGCUAAAGUGAGGACAGAGUUUGGUCGGCCCAGCUACAUCUGCCAUAUCCACUUGAUGGGUUUGUUUUUUGUUUUAAAUUCAUUGCCAAAUAAAUGCAAGUUGUGAAACACA